AUGAAGUGCCUCCAAACGGUUGCGUCCGUCGUCCUGCUGGCACUGUGCCUCCAUGUGGCUGCUGCCGAAAUUGUGAACUUCCAGAAAUGUCCUGGUGAAGUCGCUGAAAAGUGUACAGUUCACCAAGUCUCGAUCUCACCAUGUCCGGAAGCUGAGCAAGGAAAUGUUUGCGUCCUACUCACUAAAUCGCAAGUUAACUUAACAUUCGAUUUUACUCCGGAGUUCGAUGCUCAUAACCUCACUGCCGAUGUGGCCUGGACUAGACCCAAAGUGGAUCUGCCCUUUGUUGGAUUGGAUAAGGAAGCCUGCGAGCGUACCAAUUGUCCGGUAGUCUCCGGUAACCGGCAAACGUAUACCUACAAUUUGACCAUCAAAAAAGAGUACCCUCCGCAAGCUUACGACGUCAAAUGGAAGCUAACGAGCGAGAACAAUGAUUCCUGCUGCUUUAUUGUACAGAUCAACAUCGCCAAGAAGAAAAAGUCCGCUAAAGGUACCCAGUCCGAUGAUGACGAGGAAUAGUGCGGCACGAGAAUCUUUCAAGUGUCCACACACAUCACACGAAGAAUAUUAUUAGUGCUCCAAACCGUGCAACCGAGCAAAUCGGUGAAAUGAAAUGAAUAUCAAUAAAAAUGGUCAAAGCAGGCCGAACUGUU